CCUGCGAUGAGAGUUUUAAUAAUGGCGUGGCCGUGGCGGGGGGCUUUUGCUGCUCUCUGUCCAUGUCCAGCAUCAGGAAACAACCUGUAGACAUCGACGAGGAACUUAUUAACGAUAUAUUUUAUUUAGAAGAUAAAGUAGUUAGACGGACGUUGCAAUGUUACCGCACAGAGGAGGCUAAAUCUCCGCGGAGAGGCUGCUCUGUAAACAAAAAAACUGUGUGAAACUACUGGAAGCGCUUUGCCAUGUCGUUACUCUGUGUCAGAGUGAAAAAAGCCAAGCUCCAGGGUCCUUCAGACAAGUUUAACACCUACGUGACGCUGAAGGUGCAGAAUGUCAAAAGCACAACUAUCACUGUGCGGGGGGACCAGCCGUGCUGGGAACAGGAUUUCAUGUUUGAGAUCAACCGGCUGGACCUUGGCCUCAUUGUUGAGGUGUGGAACAAAGGUCUCAUCUGGGAUACCAUGGUGGGGACAGCAUGGAUUCCUCUAAAGAGUAUCCAGCAAUCAGAGGAGGAGGGCUCAGGUGAAUGGAUUUUCAUGGAUGCAGAGGUCCUGAUGAAGGCGGAUGAGAUAUAUGGCACCAAGAACCCAACACCUCAUCGAGUCUUGCUGGACACUCGAUUCGAGCUGCCUUUUGACAUCCCAGAUGACGAGGCACAGUACUGGACGGGCAAACUGGAACGCAUCAAUACCAUGAGUAUCCAUGAUGAGUACCCUCUUCAAGAUGACGUUCAGAGUCGCCCACUGCCUCUGGCAGCUUCCCAGUGCUGCAACUAUUUCGGAUGGGCUGACCCACUAACUCUGGAUGACCAGGACAGUGCUGUAGAUGAUCGGGAUAGUGACUACCGCAGUGAGACGAGUAACAGUCUACCUCCACGUUACCAUACAACGGCUCAGCCCAACUCUUCCAUGCACCAGUAUCCCAUGGGGCCUCGGACGCAGCACCACCCAGACUCCUGCACGGACUCUGUCCACAGUUUUGACCUAGACUACAGGGAUCAGAGAGGAAGCAGUCCAGUGGAAAGUAGUCGCUUCGGGUCAUCAGGAAACCUGAGCCAGACCAGCUCCCAGCUUAGUGAGACUGGCCAGGAGAGCACUGGAGGGUCAGAACUGGAGGAGUCCUUCCACUCCUACCACAGCACUGGCUUUCACCCCUCCACAAAUGGACAACCACGCACAAAUGGACAUCUUCCCACGAAUGGACACUCUACUGUCGGCGAGCAGGAUAUUCAUAGGCUUUCACCAGAAGUAGGUCGGGGCCUGAAAAAUGACACUCCAGCAGAAAGAGGGUUCUCUAAACUCCAAAGGUUCCAUGAUGAUGGGCCACCAUUACCCUUUUCGCCAUCCAGAGUUCGUUGGUUGAAGGCUAUCAAUAAAGUCAGGGUUCAGCUCCGGGAGGUUCGAGAUGAAGAACCAAAUGCUAGACAAGCCUGGGUCAAACCAGGUGGUGGAUCGGGACUGUAUGGAAUUGAUAGCAUGCCAGACCUUCGUAAAAAGAAGCCUAUCCCCUUGGUCAGCGAUGUGUCUCUUGUACAAGCCAGGAAGGCGGGGAUCGCGUCUGCUAUGGCUGCACGGUCUUCAAUCAAGGAUGAGGAGCUGAAAAACCAUGUGUACAAGAAGACCCUGCAGGCUCUUAUUUACCCCAUAUCUUGCACCACGCCACAUAACUUUGAGGUGUGGACCGCCACUACUCCCACAUACUGUUAUGAGUGCGAGGGGCUGCUGUGGGGAAUUGCCCGCCAAGGCAUGCGUUGCUCCGAGUGCGGUGUCAAGUGCCAUGAGAAGUGCCAAGAACUGCUGAAUGCUGACUGUCUACAGCGUGCUGCGGAGAAGAGCUCUAAGCAUGGAGCUGAAGACCGGACUCAGAAUAUCAUCAUGGCCAUGAAGGACAGGAUGAAGAUCAGGGAAAGGAACAAACCAGAAAUCUUUGAGCUGAUCAGGGAAGUGUUUGUUAUUAGCAAAGCCAUCCAUGCGCAGCAGAUGAAGACAAUCAAACAGAGUGUACUUGACGGCACUUCGAAGUGGUCAGCCAAGAUCACAAUCACAGUUGUUUGUGCCCAAGGACUUCAAGCAAAGGACAAGACAGGAUCUAGUGAUCCAUAUGUCACUGUUCAGGUGGGAAAGACCAAGAAAAGAACCAAGACUAUUUAUGGCAACCUCAAUCCAGUCUGGGAGGAGAAGUAUCACUUUGAAUGCCACAAUUCCUCAGACCGAAUCAAAGUGCGUGUGUGGGACGAGGAUGAUGACAUCAAAUCGAGGGUGAAGCAGCGUCUGAAGAGGGAAUCGGAUGAUUUUCUGGGCCAGAGUAUUAUUGAAGUCCGAACACUUAGCGGAGAAAUGGACGUCUGGUACAACCUGGAGAAGAGGACAGACAAGUCAGCUGUGUCAGGUGCCAUUCGCCUCCAAAUCAAUGUGGAGAUCAAGGGAGAGGAGAAAGUGGCUCCAUAUCAUGUGCAGUACACCUGUUUGCAUGAGAACCUUUUUCACCAUUCGACUGAUGUGCUCGGUCAAGGUGUGGUAAAAAUCCCAGAGGCUCGUGGAGAUGACGCAUGGAAAGUCUACUAUGAUGAUGUGCCACAAGAUGUAGUGGAUGAGUUUGCCAUGCGCUAUGGGAUUGAGUCAAUCUACCAGGCCAUGACGCACUUUGCCUGUCUGUCAUCGAAGUAUAUGUGUCCCGGGGUUCCUGCAGUGAUGAGUACCCUGCUGGCCAAUAUCAAUGCCUUCUAUGCCCACACAACCGCCUCCACCAAUGUGUCCGCCUCCGAUCGCUUUGCUGCUUCCAAUUUUGGGAAAGAACGCUUUGUCAAGCUCUUAGACCAGUUACACAACUCCUUGCGAAUUGACCUCUCCACCUAUAGGAAUCACUUCCCUGCCAGCAACAAGGAUCGCCUGCAGGAUUUAAAAUCUACUGUGGAUCUUCUAACCAGCAUCACCUUCUUCAGGAUGAAGGUCCAGGAGUUACAGUCUCCACCAAGAGCCAGCCAGGUUGUGAGGGACUGUGUCAAAGCCUGUCUCAACUCCACAUAUGACUACAUCUUCAAUAAUUGCCAUGAGCUAUACAGCAGACAGUACCAACCUGCAGACCCAAACAAGGAGGAGCUUCCUUUGGAGGAGCAGGGUCCAAGCAUCAAGAACUUGGACUUCUGGCCCAAACUCAUCAUGCUCAUCGUCUCCAUUAUUGAAGAGGACAGGAACUCCUAUACUCCUGUGCUAAACCAGUUCCCUCAAGAAUUGAGUGUAGGGAAGGUAUCAGCAGAGGUCAUGUGGACAUUGUUUGCUCAAGACAUGAAGUAUGGUAUGGAAGAGCAUGAGAAGCACAGACAGUGUAAGAGCACUGACUACAUGAACCUGCACUUCAAGGUGAAGUGGCUCUACAAUGAAUAUGUCAAGGAGCUGCCAAACUUUAAGGAUGUUGUUCCCGACUACCCAUCAUGGUUCCUACAAUUUGUGCUACAGUGGUUGGAUGAAAACGAGGAUGUAUCUAUGGAGUUUAUGCAUGGAGCUCUAGAAAGAGACAAAAAAGAUGGAUUCCAGCAAACGUCUGAGCAUGCUCUGUUCUCCUGCUCUGUGGUGGACAUCUUUACCCAGCUCAACCAGAGCUUCGAGAUCAUCAAGAAACUGGAAUGCCCUGACCCCAAUGUCAUGGCUCAGUACAGUCGCCGCUUCUCCAAGACUAUUGCCAAAGUUCUUCUGCAGUACAGUGCCAUUCUGACCAAGAGUUUUCCUUCUUAUAUUGACAAGGAGAAGAUUCCCUGUGUCCUGAUGAAUAAUGUGCAGCAGUUAAGAAUCCAGCUGGAGAAGAUGUUUGAGUCCAUGGGUGCCAAACAGAUGGAUACUGAGGCCAGUGACUUACUGAACGACCUGCAGGUGAAGCUGAACAAUGUGUUGGAUGAGCUCAGCAGUACAUUUGGGAACAGUUUCCAGAUCCGCAUCAAUGAGUGUAUGCGACAGAUGGCUUCUCUGCUGUACCAGAUCAAAGGUCCGCUCAAUGCCAACAACAAAAACCAGGUGGAUGCCGACUCUGACAAUAUGCUGCGGCCACUCAUGGAUUUCCUGGAUGGGAAGUUGACACUGUUUGCCACCGUAUGUGAGAAGACUGUAUUGAAGCGUGUGCUCAAGGAGCUGUGGAGGAUUGUAAUGAGCAGCCUGGAGAAGACCAUCGUUCUGCCACAGGGCAACGACACCUUUGGAGCACAGAUCCUCUCAGCUGCAAAAGAACUGGGUCAGCUCUCCAAACUCAAGGAUCACAUGGCGGGGGAGGCUAAAAGCCUGUCUCCCAGGCAGUGUGCUGUCAUGGACGUGGCACUGGACACGAUCAAGCAAUAUUUCCACGCAGGAGGGAACGGACUGAAGAAGGCCUUCCUGGAGAAGAGUCCUGAGCUGUCCUCUCUACGCCACGCUCUGUCCCUCUACACUCAAACAACAGACACACUCAUCAAAACCUUUGUGACCAGCCAACAUGCACAAGGCUCAGGUGUGGACAAACCAAUUGGUGAACUGUCCAUCCAGAUUGAGCUGUACACUCAUCCUGGGAGUGGGGAGCGCAAGGUUACUGUCAAAGUCGUGGGAGCCAACGACUUAAAAUGGCAGACGUCCGGCAUGUUCCGGCCCUUUGUGGAGAUCACCAUGAUCGGACCUCACCUCAGCGACAAGAAGCGUAAAUUCCAGACCAAAUCCAAGAACAACAGCUGGUCUCCCAAGUACAAUGAGAGCUUCAACUUUGUUCUGGGCAAGCAGGAUGGCUUCGAGUGCUACGAGCUGCAAGCCUGCGUCAAAGACUACUGCUUCGGCCGGGCCGACCGAGUGGUGGGCUUGGCCGUGAUACAGUUAAGAGACAUCAUGGAGAAGGGCAACUGCGCCUGCUGGUGUCCACUGGGCCAACGCAUCCACAUGGACGACACCGGCCUCACCGCCAUGCGAAUCCUCUCCCAGCGCUCCAGCGACGACGUGGCCAAGGAGUUCGUCAGGCUGAAAUCAGAGACGCGAUCAGCCGAGGAGGGCAGAUGAGGAGUGCCGGGGGAAAGACAGAAAGAAAGACAGAAAGGAUGGAACUCUCCUCAUUUCAGAAUAAGUCAUAAAAGCAGGGAGUCAUCUUCCCUACAUGGAGUCUUUUCUUAGACCUUUGAUGUGUCUUAGCUGCUGUUGACUGACUGGUGGCACCUUGCCAAGCUCACCGACACACUGUCACGUUCACACUCUGGGUAUUUUCACUUACUUUCCGCGUUCCUCAAACACUGACGUUAUUUACAGAGCUACUGCUGUACAGCACACAACCACACAGACACCGGCUCACUCCACCUUCCACACACCAGCUGUUUCACCAGGCAGUGACCACCUACUCAGUCAUUUAACCUGUGUUUCUUUUUUAACCCUCUUCCUCAUCUUCCCAGUUGGACACCUUAGCCUCAAAGGAACAGAGGAUGCCAGACUCUGCUGGAGGGCCAAAACAAGUUCCUUCACCUCCCUCAGUGUUGUUGUGUAGUAACCCCACCGAAACCCCUCAAACUGUGGCCAUGUGUUUGAUGCCUUACACUCUACAAACUGUGAAUGUGUGAAGUAAAAGAAAGUAUUUUGAAUGCCCUGUCCUAUAUAGCUCCACUCUGAUGGUUUGAGUAAAUGUGGAAACACUGUUCUCUGUCAGUGAAGAUGAUGAAAUAUUAAGAGAAGAGAAGGUACUUAAAGUGAUCAUUUUACCCCUUCAUUUAAAGGACUGAUAUGUUAAUUGUGUGCCUUGUCAUAUUUAGUUUCUUACUUCACAAUGAGAAUGAUUGUUCCCCUUCCUGUUUCCUCUGUGAUAUUAUAAGUAGAUAACCUAAGCAGUGAGAUCAACAAUAUAAUUUAAAUCAAACCCUCAUGAAAAAAGGAGACUAACAGGGUGGACAUUUGAUAUGCAUGUUGAAGGAAGAGUCCUGUUAUGGCCAUAUUUAUUCAGUAUAUAUAUAUAACGACUUCUGGCUCAUCAUGAUGCUGUAGCCAUUUUAUUUAUUUUUUAUAGAUAUUUAUUUUUGUUUGUGCUUUUCGAAGCUCAUUGAUUAAAAAUAUUGUUUACGGUUGGAAACGGACAUGUUGUCUGUCUGUAUGUUUGAGAGUUUUGUCUGAAUGAGUUGCUGCUGCAGCGUUGUGGAAGUAAACAGCAGGUCAACUGAAGGGGUGAUAUGUAUACAGUUCACCUUCAGAAUAAAGUGACAACAUAGCGUUUGUUGGUGACUGACAAAAGAGAUGACUGUCUUUAGGAAAUUUACAUUUAUAGAAAAGAAAUAUUACACAUUGAACUUAAGAUAACUUUUACUUCCAUUAAAGUAUAUCUGACCAUUGUAGACACAAGCUCCUCAACUGCUAAGUUGAUACAGAGUGUAGAAUUACUUAUGGUUUACAUACAGUUUAUCUUCUUGCUCUGUUUUCUUCUACUCUUCCUAUGAGUGGCCUUACUUUGGUGAAAAACCUAGAUUGUGUAUAUCUUUUUAAUCUCUUUUUUUUAAUCCCUCUAUUUCCAUUGGCUCUCAAUAAUGAGGUUUAGCCACUUCUUUGCCCAUAAUGGUGUCAAAUAAAUUUUCCAAGUGACGUUCCUUCUUAUUUUGUACUUUUUAAUCUAUGAUAUUGCAAAUGUAACUAUGUCUAGGCUGGUUUUUCUUUGCUGUCUGUUAUCAUUUGCGUUAUUUUCCUUUUUUGAAGUUUUGUAAAUGUGUUUUGUGUCUUUAAUAGUUUGGAAUGAUGUCAAUCACUGUUUUGUAAGAUAUGUUUCAGUUUGAUGGACAAGAGUAAUAAUAUACAAUGAGAACUGUGCCAGUGAACGUGUUCUUAACUGAUGUUACUCUUAAUGAACGAUGGAUAUUGCCACUGUAUAAUACCAGAACCUCAAUGUGUGCACAUUUUUAAGCCGACCACACUCUGUAGAAACCACAGAUUCAGAUUCCUCUUUGUUACAGCACCUUGUGAAUAAUGUUAUCAGUUUAUGAGGGCAAAUAUUUCUUAGCCAUUCUGUAAUAUACAUGUCCCUUGUGCCAAGUUGCAAGUGUUCACUUUUAAUCUUUUUUUUCUGUCUGUUUUUUAAUUUCUAUAUUUUCUAAAUUUGUUAACCCUUGCACUAAAUCAUUAAAUCACUGCAGUAGUUAACAAGUACAGUAUAACAGUCACAGUAACUGCAUUUCUGUGGUGUUUUCUAUGUAUUGUCUCUACUCUUGAAAUGUUGUCAUCAUGUAAACAAUCCAAUUAAUGAAUUUUGUAUAAAGUAUCUAAGAAGUAUCUAUAA